AUGGCCUCAUUCGUAGACGGCAGCCUUGCUACGUGCAAGCAUCUGAUUGUUGUUUGCUGCCAUGCCAUUUACAUCGGAGGUCAGGGGCUUGGAUCUUCAGAGGACGAAUGGCUUAUUGAGUCCUUCCAAAAAGGAGAAACGCCCACAUUCAUCGAUCAUGUUAAAGCCGGAUUGAGAGCUCUAGCAGAUGACAGUCGUAGCUUACUUGUUCUUUCCGGAGGAGCCACCAAAAAGCCUAGAACUGAGCUCAGCGAAGGUCAAUCCUACCUUGUAAGAAGCCCCGAUUCCCUAAACCAGAAAACCAGAAGACUCAUGCAUAGAAACAUCCAGAAUUUAGCCAAGGAUAACAACUAUUUCCAACAUGUACCUUCAAUCGCCACAAUUGACCCAUCAAGAGUCAUAGCGGAGACAAACGCCACUGAUUCAUAUCAGAAUCUAUUGUUCUCGUUGAUCCAGUUCCGUGUCGCUACAGGCGUUUACCCACGGCGAGUCACAGUCGUGACGCACGAGUUCAAACGGGCUCGAUUCAUGCAGUGUCACUUCCCGGCAGUGGGACUCCUACCUGUUGACUCGAAACAAGAAGAUUAUACGAACAACGUUGCGGUGAUCGGUAUCAACCCACCCGAGGAAGUCACUCCCCUCGAGACCUUGACCCGAGGUGAGCUAAUGAAUGGGAUUGGGCUUUGGAAGCAAGAUCUCUACGGAGUCAACCCGGAUUUGGUGAAGAAACGAGCGAGACGAGGCUGGUUCCCUGGAAUGGAAAAUGAUGUUUUCUCCAACUUAGGAUUAGAGGAUGUGGUAUGGCAGUUGGUCCGAUACAAUGGGGGUGAUUAUUGCAAUAAGUGGUUCCUGGGGCGGGAGAUUUUGCCUUGGUCUUAUGUUAGACAUGAUACGGCCGAGGAGCUUUGA